AUGGUUACUCCUGCCGUGAAGCACACCAUCGUGAAGAAGCGUACCGCUACCUUCAAGCGUCAUCAAUCUAACCGUUUCAUGCGUGUUGGUGAAUCAUGGAGAAAGCCCAAGGGUAUUGAUUGUAACAUGCGUAGACGUUUCAAGGGUCAAGCUCCCAUGCCCAAGAUCGGUUACGGUUCCGCCAAGAAGACCCGUAACAUCUUGCCCAACGGUUUCCGUAAGUUCGUUGUCUCCAACGUCCGUGAACUCAACCUCUUGUUGAUGCACAACCGUUCUUAUGCCGCUGAAAUCGCCCACAACGUUUCUUCCAAGAAGCGUGUUUCUAUUCUUGAACGUGCUGCUCAACUUAACGUCAAGGUUACCAACGCCGGUGCUCGUCUCAGAUCUCAAGAGUAA